AUGGUGAAAAGUAUUUGUGUAAUUGGAGCAGGCUCUAGUGGUCUGACAGCCAUUAAAUGUUGCCUGGAUGAAGGUUUGGAGCCCAUAUGCUUUGAGAGGAGUGAGGAUAUUGGUGGUUUGUGGAGAUUCAAGGAGAACCCAGAAGAUGGUAGGGCUAGUAUCUACAAAUCUGUGAUCAUAAACACUUCCAAGGAAAUGAUGUGUUUCAGUGACUAUCCCAUUCCAGAUGAUUUCCCAAACUAUAUGCAUAAUUCCAAAAUAAUGGAUUAUUUCAGAAUGUAUGCAGAAAACUUCAACCUUCUAAAAUAUAUCCGCUUUAAGACUGCUGUGUGCAAUAUUAGAAAGCAUCCUGAUUUUGCUACCACAGGCCAAUGGAUUGUUGUGACCGAACGUGAUGGGAAACAGGAAUCCAAUGUAUUUGAUGGCAUUCUUGUCUGCAGUGGGCAUCACACUUUCCCUCAUUUGCCACUGGAUUCCUUUCCAGGCAUAGAUAAGUUUAAAGGCCAAUAUCUCCAUAGUCGGGACUACAAAUAUCCACACCCAUUCCAGGAUAAGAGGAUCAUUGUCAUUGGCAUUGGAAAUUCUGGCGGUGACUUGGCAGUAGAACUUAGCUCUGUUGCUAAACAGGUAUAUCUAAGUACCAGGAGAGGAGCGUGGGUUCUUAAUCGUGUUGCUGAUGAAGGCUUUCCAGUGGAUGUGGUUCUUUACAGCCGCUUCAAACUGUUUCUUAAACAGUUCAUGACCACAGAAAUGCUGAACAACUGGGCAGAAAAAAAGAUGAAUGCCCGUUUCAAUCAUGAAAAUUAUGGAAUAAAACCCAAACACAGAAUUAGCAGUCAACACCCAACGAUCAACGAUGACCUACCAAACCGCAUAAUCUCUGGAAAAGUACUUAUAAAACCCAAUGUCAAACAAUUCACAGAGACAGAUGCAAUUUUUGAAGAUGGAACUGUGGAGAAAAACAUUGAUGUGAUAUUUUUUGCCACAGGAUAUAGUUUUUCAUUUCCUUAUUUUGAGGAGCCAUAUCUACAAGUAAAAAACAAUCAAAUACCACUCUAUAAGCAUGUCUUCCCUCCAUUCUUGGAGAAGACAACCGUAGCAUUCAUUGGUCUCAUUCAGCCCAUUGGGGCUAUCAUGCCGAUCUCAGAACUUCAAUCUCGGUGGGCCACUAGAGUUUUCAAAGGACUGUGCAAACUGCCUUCAAAACAAAAAAUGCUGAUGGACGUAGAUAUGAAAAAAAAGGAAAUGGAAAGUCGCUACGUUGAGAGUCUCCGACAUACCAUCCAAGUUGAUUUUAUGGAAUACAUGGAUGAAAUUGCCUCUCAGUUUGGUGCAAAACCCAACAUUCUGAGAUUUCUAUUUACAGAUCCGAAGCUGGCCUGGGAGUUGUUCUUUGGUCCCUGUUCACCUUAUCAGUAUCGUUUAACUGGGGAUGGCAAAUGGCCUGGAGCCAGAAAUGCCAUUCUGACUCAACGUGAUCGUAUUAUCAAGCCAACAAAAACCCGUGUCUUGGCUGACGACAAGAAACACAAAUCUCAUAUCCCUUUACUUUUUCAAAUAUUGAGCAUUUUUGCCAUCUUUGCUGCAGUCUACUUUGUAUAUGUUUAAA